AUGGGAGCCAUCCGAGUCAUCUCCACCACUACAAUUCAGGCUCCGAGUCACAACAAUGGUGACUCCCCUCAGAUAAUCAAUUUAACCCCAUGUGAUCUCCAGUUCCUCCCAAUAGAAACCAUCCAAAAAGGGCUUCUUUUUCACAACCCCAUCAACGCACAAGACAUACAAAUCCAAAUCCAACAGCUGAAACACUCUUUUUCCUCCACUCUUGCUUUCUUUCCACCCCUCGCAGGCCGUCUCGCCAUUGUCGAACAUCACGACAACACUUCAACCUCUCACAUCGUGUGCAACAAUGCAGGAGCACUUUUUGUUCACGCCGUAGCAGACAACACUAGUGUUUCUGACAUCCUUAAACCAAACUACGUUCCUCCCGUUGUCCACUCCUUCUUUCCGCUCAACGGAGUGAAAAACUAUGAAGGAACAUCACAGCCUUUGCUAGCAGUGCAAGUCACCGAGCUGGUUGACGGCAUCUUCGUUGGCUGUACAAUCAACCACGUGGUCGCUGACGGAAAGUCGUUUUGGCUUUUCGUCAAUUCAUGGGCUGAAAUCUCACGUGGUUACCUUAAAGUAUCAAAACUCCCAGCACUUGAACGUUGGUUUCUUGAUGGCACUGACUGUCCCAUAAGAUUUCCAUUCACAAAACAAGAAGAGAAGCAACACCUUGAAUUCUUCAACCCACAGUCACCACCUGAGAGGAUCUUCCAUUUCACAAAGGAAAAAAUAGCGCAACUCAAAGCAAAAGCCAAUGCAGAGGCCAGCACAAACAAAAUAUCUUCUCUGCAAGCUCUUUUAACUCACCUUUGGCGCUCUGUUAUCCGUUGUCAACGUCAUGACCCACAAGAAGAGAUCCAUUAUUUCAUGGCGAUUGGGUUUAGAUCCAGGAUGGUUCCACCGUUGCCAGAGGAUUAUUUUGGAAACGCUGCUACGUUUGGUGGUGUCACCAUGAAAGUAAGGGAUCUGCUUGAGGGUGGACUCGGCAAGUGUUCUUGGGAGAUGAACAAAAUGAUAGCUUCAUACACUGAUGAGAAGGUGAAGAGCCACUAUGAGUCUUGGGUUAAAACCCCAAGGCUGCUUUGGCUGGGUAGCGUGGCCAGUAGUAAUUCCUUGGCCACGAGCAGUUCCCCAAGGUUCAAUGUUUAUGGUAAUGACUUUGGUUGGGGAAAACCUGUUGCAGUGAGAAGUGGCGGAGCAAAUAAAAGAAACGGAAAGAUUACUGUGUUUGCUGGGUCAGAAGAAGGAGGCAUUGACAUUGAAGUGUGCCUUCCUUAUGAGAUUUUGGAGGCCAUGGGAAAUGACCUUGAGUUCAUGGAUGCCAUUUCCAUAUAAUGUGGGUUCAAGGCAUAAUCUUUGUUUAAUUAGUUCAGUUCCGAUC